GCUCUUGUUCUAGUCAUACCUCUCCUCGGAGCAGGUUUGGUCUAUGUUGCACAUGUGCAGAUGUUAAAGAGAUUGAAAGCUCGAAUACAAGCAUAUUCCCUGAGGCAUGUUUUAAGAACCAAUAUCCUCAUCAACUAUGCAUCAAGCCGCUGGAGACCAACCUUGGAGGUCAUGUAUUAUGACUUACAACCAUGUAUGAAAUACCUAUGUGACAUCAUUUACGAGUCACGUGAGGCUGGUGAAGCUGUCCCGGACAGAGACAGAGAGUUUCAGGAUAGAGCACGAAACACUGGAAAACACCAAUUACUCUCUUGCAUUGAAAGGAAUUAUGACGAUCUAUUUGGGGACAGAUUUGAAACAAGUGUCGUAAACAGGCAUCCCACAUUACACAAGAAGAAAUGCAUCUGUGAAAUGCUAGAAAAAGAGGUGUUGCAAAUGUGUCAAAACCAAAUAUGAACCCAAUUUAUGUAUGAUUCUGGUGACCACUUGUCUCAAGUAGACACAA